AUGGAGUCGCUUUUCUCUCCUUCGCAGAGACCUCCAUCUCCGACAUCAGGUCCAGUGACGGACUUUGCAUUGAUCGAAUCCCAAAAGGAGAACAUUCGACCGUUGGCUUCAGGAAGAUCAGCAGCUACCCUUUCCAGUGUGUUCAAGGAGCCUACUGCAGCUGAUAAAGUGGUUCAAGAAGGUCAUGAUAGAUACAGGAGAGACAUCGAAGAAGCUGAGAGAAGAGAUAAGGAAGGUGAAGAUAUGAUGGAUGGUAUACAAGACGUUUUAGAUGUUUAUAACAAAUAUAUACUGUUCGUAGUCCAACAUCACCCUUCCUCAGAUACACAUCUCCUUCCACUUCUCGAAACUACUACCCGACGGUUUGUGAACGAUGCUAGGUACACACAAGAUGUGCGGUAUCUGAAAUUAUGGGUUAUGUACGCUCGACAAAUAGAGAGAAGGGAAGAAAUUUGGUCCUUUUUAGAGUCCAGGGAUAUCGGAACCAAGCAUUCGGUUUUCUAUGAGGAAUGGGCGAGUGCUUUGGAAGGUCUGGGAAGACGGAAGAAGGCAGAUGAGAUUUUCAAACUUGGUAUAGCAAGAAAAGCAGCACCACUAGAUCGAUUGAAGAAUCGUCAUAAACAAUUCCUCGAAAGAAUCAUGGCACCUCCAUCAGGUGUAGUACCAGAUGAUGAACCUUCUUCAUCAACCUCACUCAGAACACCCGGAAGAUCGGUUUUAGGACAAGUCGCGACCGCGUCCACCUCAGUUGCAGGAGCAACUCAAUUAGCUCCUUCCUUAAGAGUGGCGAGUAAAGGCAACGCAGCUAAAAUGGAGAUUUUCUCGGAUGACAAAGGUAGAAACGAAGAUAGCGCUCCUGGAGAAUGGUCAGACUUCGGUACGAGAGACGCUAGAAGAAAGGAAAAUACAGUUGAAGCUGGACCUUGGAAAGGUGAAACUUUACCUCAAAGUGCUUCUAGACCCAAAAUAGCUCCCAGAACACCGAAAGUAGAGGUGUUCAAAGAUCUUACUGAGAAUGAGGGAAUACGAGCAGCAGACGAAGUCUUCGUUCGACACAGACAACCCCCAACAGAAGCCGAACUACUAAAAUCUGAUCCGCUGCGACAUUAUGAUACAUCAGAGUUAUCAACUGCUAUUCCCUCGCUGCCCGCUCCACCAUCAACUAGAAAACCUCCCAAGCCAACCAAACCAUCUUCACAUUUCGUAAUGAAACCUUGGGAAUGCCCGACAGAUGGACCGGAGGUCAAAGGUAAUGGGGGCAAGGUGGAAAGGAGGAUGUUUGACUGGAAUGCGGUAUUCAAAGGUGACGAGGAGUGGAGUUUCGAAGAAGUCAGAGCUAGGCAAAGAGGCCUCUUGGGGAAAGAGCGGAGAGGUGAAAUCAAAGAUUGGGAACGAGAUUGGCACAAACCCGGAUCCUCGACACCCAAAGCGGAAGAAAAGAGAGUCAAGCCUCCUUCCCCUACGGUCAACACCAAAUUAGCGGAACUGGAAGUCAUGCGGAUGUUCGAUCAGACUAUCCAUGGUGCGAAAGUUCGAGGUUCACCAAGUGAUUCGGAGGACGAAUCUUCCGAUGAUGACGAGGAAGAGGAAGAACCCGUACAAUGUGCCCCUACACCGUUACCUUCUCGACCUGGAACAAUCGCAAUGUUAGCACAUACUCCAGGAGGUGCGGUACCUCCUACACCUACACCCGCCGGCCAAAACAGCAAUAACAGAUUGUUCAGUCCAACAGUAUUUAAGGAUGAAAACGCCUCUAAGCCUUCGAUGUUCAUCGAUGAAAAUGCUCCCGCGACUAAACCAAUGAUAUUCAGCGAUGAAAACGCAGUCCCGCCUUCGGCAAGUAAAGCGGGCAAAUUCAACAUUUUCAGCGACACACCCGCAAAAACUCCACUAGCAGUGAAAACCCCGCUUGCAAGUACGUCCAAACCCAAAUCAUUCGGUAUCUUCUCCAAUGAUAAUCAAGAAACCAAAGAAAAUCAGGAUGCAGUGGAAGCUACGCCUUCUGCAGCCUCAAAACAAAGGCCUCAGAACCUCUUCGCGACUCCUGCUUUGUCACGACAGAGUUCUUAUGGUCGAGGAGUUGCUGAGGUCAUACAAGAAGUUCCCGAAAGUGAAGAAGAGGAAGAAGGGAAACUCGUACGUGAAACUCACCAGAUAGUGGGCGAUCUUGCUCAAGUGGAUCUGAACGAUGAGGAGGAAGAUGAUGAACGGCCUCGAGGGAUGAGAAGAUUUCAGAUCAAUACUAUGACCCCCAUCACUGAGAGGACAUGCGAAUACACGCAGAUCACCAACCUUCGAUCCUCAUUGAACAGUAACGCGCGACCCUUCAGCGUUGCAGAAGAUGAAGAACUUGAUGAGGGUGAUGCUUUCGUUGCUUCUGAUCUGGUUCAAGUUACUGCCGGGAUUUCAACUGCCAACUCCGAAGAUGCUACCCCUGUUUCUUAUCAACAAGACCGUUCAUUCCCUCCUCCUCUAGAUUUCGAUAAAUCUGCCAGUCCAGAAGACGAUCAGCCUUCGGGUGAUGCCAAUUCGAAGUUUACACUUCCAGAGGGAUUUACCAUACAUCGAAAUGAACAUACCUCGAACAUGCACAGCAUGGUUCUAAUGGAUGGAGAAACUAUGCACACUGCUAGGGAAGGAUCAAUGGAACCAACCACAGAAAUCGAAGAAGCUUUCGUUACCGCGUCUCAGCCUAUGAUGUACACCAUUCCCAAUCCAUGCAACCCAACAAGCCAAGAAGUACUGGAAGUUCUACUUCAAUCGAUGAAUCCUCCACUCGCCUCUAUUUCAGGAUUCAUAGAUUGUCAAUUGAUCACUUCAGAUAGACUGGGCGGCUUGCAGAAACAUGCUAAAUCGAAGGGAAGAAGGGGAAGUACCAAUUCGAGAGCAUCAGUCGCUCCAUCCGAUGACAUUUUACCAUUAGAAUUGCAAGGAAAGCAGUUUGAAGUGAGAGACAAGAUCGGUGAGGGUGGAUUUGGAGCAGUCUUCUUAUCUGUUGACAUUGCUCAACGACAAUUGCAAGAUGAUGCAGAUUCAGAUGACGAAGAUGAAGAGAUCAAAGACAACUCUCAAGUGGCAAUCAAAGUCGAACAACCUGCAUCAGUAUGGGAAUUCGUUGUGCUAAACAGGAUAUACGAACGGAUUGAUCAGUCAAUCACAUCGUCAAUCGUCAAAAUAAGGAACUUAUACGCUUUCAAAGAUGAAUCUUUCUUACUGUUGGACUAUUCCUCUCAAGGGACUUUGUUGGAUGUCGUCAAUAAAGCUACUUCGAUGGGUAUAUCACCUUCUACGACAGGUGGAUCAUCUUCCUUGGAUGAAUUGGUAGCUAUAUUCUUCACGAUUGAAUUAUUGAAACUAGUUGAAAAUCUACAUACAUCAACAUUCAUCCAUGGUGACUUGAAGAUUGAUAAUUGUUUAAUAAGAUUAGAUGAAAUUGAAUCGCCGUCAAAUUGGUCAAAUCAAUACUCCAGAAAAGGUGAAAACGGAUGGAAUUUGAAAGGAAUCAAAUUGAUAGAUUUUGGUAAAUCAAUUGAUUUAACUUUAUUCCCGAACGAAAUGGAACAGACCUUCAAAGUGGAUUGGAAGACGGAUGAAAAAGAUUGUAUUGAAAUGCAACUAGGCCAAGAAUGGUCUUUCCAGACUGAUUAUUUCGGUUUAGCGAGUAUAGCUUAUUGUAUGUUGUUUGGUAAAUACAUGAAAGUUGAGAAGAAUGGAGAUCAGUGGGGUAUUGAUGCUCCUUUAAAGAGAUACUGGCAACAAGAUUUAUGGAUUACCCUCUUUUCGACUCUCCUCAAUCCAGGCGGAAAUCUUCCGAUAACAGAUCGACUAAGUGAGAUUCGAACAUCUUUCGAGGAUUACCUAGAAGAGAAUUGUCAAAAAGGUGGUAAAAGCUUGAAGAGCAUGUUGAAAAAGAUUGAAUUGGCUGCCAUAACGGGCAAGAAAUGA